CCUUUUCCUCUUCUUAUUCUUCUUCUUCUUCUUCUUCUUUUUCUUCUUCCUUUAAUAUGAGUAUCUACAGGCCUGCAAAGUUGUCCACGCUAUGCAUCAGAUGUAAAAUUACCCGAUAUCGUUUGUCAGAUAGGUACUCGGUUUAAGUCUGAUUGAUUUCUGCUUGUACCGCUGGGGUGAGGUGGCUGGGAAUCUUUGGUCAACUGAUUUGUUGUCGAAGUGAGUACGAACUUAGCAAAAUGCAUUCCUCCGCGGGGUCUUUCGUUACUGCGGUCUUACCGCCGUUCUUUAGGACUACUAUGACUGUAGAAGCUGUAGCUCAAGAGGUUUAUAACUGCCAGCAUAAGUCUAUCACUAACACUAGGUGUAGACGAUGUUACUUAUUGGCAAAUAAUGCAGAAGAACGGAUUACUCACUUGCAUUGCCUCGACGAUCCCUACGACACACUGUUCUUAGGUUGGUCCCUUCUCGUGACUGCUGUGUUUGGAAAUCGAUUUACGAUGUUUAUGACCAUGCCUCAUGCUAGUUCACGAGUAUGCCACGAGUGGGAUGAACACCAAAUCGAAACCAUGGUUUUCUUGCUUUUAGUUACUACCACCUGGAGGAGACGACUGCGGACGCCGUGAACCGCUACCUGUCGGAGGUUGUGUCCGGGGCGGUGAACAGCCUGAUCGAGAACAGUUGCGUUGAACAGGACCCUGAAGAUCCGCUGGUCCUCAUUCCUACAUCAGCUGGUCGUCUGGCCUCUUUCUACUACCUUUCGCACAAGACCAUUGGUCUUUUCACUUCCGCAAUCACAGCUGGUACCACGAUAGCGGAACUGCUGUACAUUGUGUCGGUAAGUCCCACGUCCCCCGGUCUAUCAAGCACUGCGGACGAAGCCAAGAGUCAGCUUCGUUUAGUCAUCCAGGUCGGAUGUGGUUUGGUAGCUUCGCCUGAAGUAAACAAACCCCAGCCAUUUGUAAUACGAGGCCGCUGCUUGUAGGGGUUUUUACAGGUGGGGCCGGGGAACGCACAAGCGGCGAGGUCGCGUAGUUUUAUUCAAAAGAAAAGCUAUUGAAAAUGCGCGGUUGUACUUUGAAUGGGUGAGAAAUAUUUGCGCUAACCCCUAACCCUAAAGCCGAAGUCUAAGCCCUGACCUCGAACCUUACCCCCUGAUCUUAUCCCCUAACCAUAACUCCUAGCCUUAACUCGUAACCCUAACCGUUAACCCUAACCCCAACAGCUUUGUGUCCAUCAAGUUGGGCUUCCAAACCACAUCUUACCGUCAUCCACAUUGCCGGAUUCUUGAUUUUGCACAUAAAUCCAGUCGAAGUGUAAAAACGGUCUGCUAGCUUCCGUUCAAGUGCGGUUGAGAGCGGAGCUCGUUCAUUCCCACCAUAAGCUUAGUACGCAGUUGAAUAAAUAGCCCCUCCCCGUCUACUGCAUUACCUUGAAAGUUUUCGUCACAUACUUCAGGUAAACAGCACCACACAUUGCCAUUUUAAUUUAGCCUGUCAGUCCCUUACAGGCCCACUGAGCUUGUGCUAUUGAGUAGUAUUCGGAAAAUGAAUGUGACCUGUCACAACCUUUGACCUUAAAUCAGCCUGAUUCGGUUCCCAAAUAAGCCAGAAGCCAGCAGGAUUUCUAGUGCGACCGUUGAAAGUAGCGCGGUCCAAGAGUUGGGCUCGGCUAUUGCGUCUAGCUGACACACUCUUCAUCAGAAGGCAACCUUAGACGGCCGAAGUUGGACAUGGACACAGUGAGUGAGAAAGCUUGACAGGUCGUCUACGCUAGCCACACACGUCCGCACAUACUGGCGGAUGGUCAAAUCUCGCGCGGCUGAUACUUCCGGACAGACCAUAUAAGGGAGCAGCCAUUGUGGCCACAAUUGCCGGCACAUGGAAAUAAUUUGAACGCGCGCCGGGUUGUUUUUAAUGAGGGGGGGGGGCGCUGGGUCUGAUCUGGAUUAACUCUACUCUCGCAUUGGUCCGCUGUUCUUGCUAGUCAAGCCGUUUAGAAGUGUUUUUAGACGCAGUGAAUCUCACUGUCUAUCGACUGGUGGGUGCUGCCCCAAACGGGCCAGGUGGUAGAUGCGCUGGACCAACGGUGAACCAUAUUGAAUUCUGGCAGACGUUGUCGGAUUGCGCACUAUAAUAAAUGCCAACAUUUAGGGGUGCGGUGGCAGACGCAGUAGCUAGCCGAAUUGCACUCAGGGAUCCCUGUCGCCCUCUCAUUGCUGUUGUUGGAAAAAACCUAGUCAUUUGCUGUGUGGACAAGGGGGUGUGGAGUGGAGCACCGAGGUACGGGCUCGACCGUGCCAUCCACCUGCGCCCUCCUCCGCCUCCGGUCUUCUUGACUAUGUCUUGACACCGAAUGCAGGUGGGGUAAGAGGAGGGAGUGCGGUAGAUGCUAUGCAAGUCUAUCGCUAUAGGCUAAUUCACGCACAACUCACCGUCCCUGCUUCACCCUGCUGUGGAGCACGCGGUGAACAUCGUCGAAAAGGAAGGUUCAAUCGCCUUAUCGCCUUCGAUCUCAGAAUAGGCUGAAUUGCCACGAAAAAGAACACAUGAUGUUGUCCGAGUCGAGUCUUUUUAUAUAUACCCGAUGAUAUUUUUCUAUAGUCAAUCAGCCUAGUCUUGCACACUGCAUACUUCAUAGGUUGUUGGUGUGGGGCACGCAAGCUGUCACUUGCUGGCGGCUUUAUUAUUAUGGUUAUUAUUAGUAUCAUCGGAGCGCUUAUGUCUUGUUUACCCUUCCAACCAGCCGGUCUUUGGGACAGGGGGAGUGCAAACAUUCGUCCUGACUGAUGCGUGUAUAUAGCAUAGAAGUGGAUAGUCAACUGUCCUUUGUCCUCAUAUGUUAGGGUGGGUUUUCGAAAGUAGGGAGAUGAUAUAAGAGACCAGUUAGUUAUUUCUCAAACCGUGUACGAUUGAGGUGGUUCAGAAGUUGAGUAGAGCUGGGUCCAAACCAGCCGUCCCAUAUUUUACCCGUAAACUCUUGUCUACUAUAUGAGAGCUUUUAACGACCGUCUUCGUGAUAGCAUAUGCUAACGUGCAUGUCUACGUAAAAUUAGGUAGGAGCCUUUACCUGUCUGAGGCUGUGUCCGAUGCGCUAAAUAGUCUGUUCGAGAACGGCUGGUCGCCUGGCCUCUUUCUGUCCUCCUUUGCACUGUUUACCUUACCUCCACACCCACAGCGGACACCAUGAUAGACGGACUUCUGUAAAUUAUUUCGGUAAGUUCCGCGUCCUCCAGCCUACUAUGCACUGCGAAUGAAUCCGAGAGUUCGUUCAUUUAGUCAUUGACAUAACCCAUUUCUUGGUUUUGCACAUAAAUCUUAUCGACCGGGAGACUUGGGCAGUCGGUCGGUGCACUUGGGAGGGCGAGAAACGAGGUGGGUAGUUCGAUACGUCUGAACACAGAGAGCUAGGUUGAAAUGUCUUCUUAAUGUGUUUUUCAUGGCAUUCUCACUGAUGUGUCCUGCAAGUCCAGUCGUUUGGUUUUGUCACCCCGCGCCUACCUCCGGUCAUGCUGACCUCGUCUUGCCAUCGGGGCCAGAGGAAGAAGGGAAAGUACAGCAGGCGCUGGGCAAGUCUGCUACUGUUCGAUAGUGGGACUUCUGUACGUUUUGUCGGCAAGUUCCACGUCCCCCUGCCUACCAAACACUGCGGAUAAAUCCGUAAGUUCCUCCACUUGAGCCAGUAACUUAGCAGGAUUAUUGGCUUUUCACAUACAUCCAAUCGACUGAGAGACUCGGACAGUCGGCUGGUGCACUUUUGAUGGCGGAGAAUGAGGUGGGUAGUUGGAUACGUCUGAGCACCGAAAGCCAGGUUGUAGUGUCUUGAUAGCGUCCUCACUGAUGUGUACUGCGAGCGCAGGCGUUUGGCUUUAUCAGCCAAUGUGUCCGAGCCUACCUCCUGUCAGGUGGGGAAAGGAAAGCGCGACAGGCGCCGGGCAAGUCUGCCACCACCAUAAACUGAUUCACUCCACGGGACACGGAGUGAGUGCCAUCUAUAGCGCCAACCGAACGGGUCGUCGUAAGGUUGCAUAUUAUUUCAAUGUCUGAAUGUCUGUCUUUGUUGUAUUAGCCUGCGAUCUAUAACACUGACUUGGCUUCCCCCCAUUUUGUAGUUGGCUGAAGAGUUUGCCCUCCUUCCAGUGCGCCACUUGGAGGACGAGACCAAUGCUAUACUGGCCAGGGAGAUGCCUUUGCCGGUGAAGGGCGCACCAGAGUCUCCGCACACCAAGGCCCACAUCCUGCUACAGGCUUACCUCUCUCGACGGACGCUGGAAUUGCCGGUUUCCGACUAUGUGACUGACACCAAAUCUGUGUUGGAUCAGGCGCCUCGAGUCCUGCAGGUACAUUGCCGAUUCCUUCGUUUUCUGUAGUGUAUCGAUUGAGCACUGCUCAGUAAGGACUAGGUUCUGCUUAGUGCGCCUAUUGUUAAGUUUGCCGGAGUGCGGCUGGCUACAAAUAGCAUAUCGGCAAGUCUGAAAUAUCACUCGUCUAGAUCUUCCCCGACUUUCCCGUUUUGCAUCGCCGAAACUAGUGAGGGAGAGGUUUACAUGACAUAAAAAUAGUCGAAAGGGACGAAUGUGUGUUGGUUGGUAGUGCCAAAAGCAUAGCUUUUAUGUCCUGCGACGGUUGGAUCGUGUUCUAUGCGGGCAUUCUGCCGACACCAGGAUAUAAGAUUGGCAGCCUUCCCUGUCCUAGGCUUUGACCUGCAGGGAACUAACACAAGGCAAAGUUUUCAUAGACGCAGUAUCUCUAGCUGCUGUACUUCUAAGUUGUACUGUUCUGAUAAAACAGAACCACUCAUAUCCCACUUUCCUGCAGCGGGUCAUAGCUCACACUGAAUGUGCCCCUCCUGCUUGUGCGUUAGGAAGUUAGGCUUGCAAUUUCACCAGAAAAGUUGUCAGCAGACCGCUCUCGGGUAUUUUCCUGCCAGUUUCGCAAAGCAGAGCUACUAGGCAUACUUCAAACUGUUAACAAAAAACCGGUCAUCAGAAGCGUUGAUGAACACGUGGCUACAGGUAUGCCAGGCCCAAAUGAACUCUUGAGUGAGUGUCGAAGACUGUACUGACGACUACGGUAACGUUUGUCCGAUCAGAGUGGUACGUCUGUCAUCUGCAUGCACAAAGUGGUCGAAUCGCCGGGUGUCGACCUUCCUACGGAUGCACUUCCUACCAUCGAUGAUAGUCAAGCUGCACCCUUCAAUUUUCCCUCCAAUGCACAAAUUUAACUUCCCAAGACUCUUUCACCUGACAAUGAGACCGGAUAUAUAAAAGGCCGAAGUCUCGUUUCAUUUACAUAAUCUGGGGAUCCAAUGUGAGUACACUUGUCCUUUCCCGCACCAGAAACACUUUCGUAUGGUAUUGCACAAGAAGUGAGAACCGUUAUUUAUGCAUCCGUCCAAUCAGUGUCUUUUUUCUACAUAAGGCCGCCAUUGACUACUGCGCCGAAAACGGAUGGCUGGUGUCUACCCUGCACGCUAUUCUUCUGACCCAGAUGAUCUCUCAAGCUCUCUGGCUGGAGGACAGUUCGCUCCUCCAGUUACCUGGAAUCAAUUCCAGCCACCUGGCCGCCUUCGUGUAAGUCGACCCUACAAUUUCUUUAUAUAUGUAGGUGACGUGGUACCAAUAAAGACAAGGGAGACCGGGAUGGCCAUUUCGGACUUGUUAGUUCUCAUCAGACAGCCAGAUCCAACUUCAGGUGUUUAUCAUUUGAAAUGCGCACUCUGGAUCCAUAAGAAUUGAGUGUGACGCUACCACUGAGUCGCGGCCCGUUGUCCUAUCGGUUUUGACUAGCAAUAUGAAUAAUAGUACCUUGUGCCUUGGGACUUGUGCCUUGUAGGCAGUCGCACAACGAGUAUUAAUACACUCAAAAGAGGACUACUGACAAAGGCGUCUCCUACCAUAGUUACUAUACCCGAUUUCAACCGACAGGACAGCGAAUCCGUGGCUCAGUGGUUAGUUGCGUUGGACUUCUAACCAACUGGUCGCCUGAUUGAGCCCCAGGUGUUCCACACCUGACUGGCUGACGACGGCUUAUAAGCCAGAAAUGGCCAUUCCAGUCUCCCUUGUCUUUGUCUGUAAUACCAUUCUGCCAAUAUCUUGCGCCGCUCUGUGUGGCUGCUGGUUGGGCUCGAGAGAGAGAGCCCGUAAGGCACAACGGAACGAGUGAGGUCCGUAAGAACGGUCGAUUAGCGCCCCCUACCGUUAUAUAUGUAUAUAUGAAUUUAAAGUGGUUAUAUGUAUAUAUAGGCAGCAUGUUAUUGCCGACAGAGACAAGGUAGACUGGAAUGGCUAUUUCUGGCUUAUCGGCCGUCGUCAGCCAGCCAUACCCAACCCCGAAGUGUGGAACACCCGAGGUUCGAACUCGCAACCUGUUAGUUAGAAGUCCAUGCCUCUAACCACUGGGCCACGAGCCCGUUGCCCUGUCGGUUUCGAUCGGGAAUAUACAAUGUUAGGGGGCGCUCGCCGAUCGUUCGUACGGAACUCACUCGUUCCGUUGUGCCUUACGGGCUCUCUCUUGAGCCCAACCAGCAGUCGCAGAGCGGCGCAUGAUAUAGGCAGCAUGUUAUUACCGACAGAGACAAGGGAGACUGGAAUGGCCAUUCCAUAGUCACUCCGGGUCCAGAAUGACUAAGGUUGUUUAGGCUGCUUACACUUCCUUCUUGAGAAAUUUAAUUCUUUACUCUUUAUUGCACAUUUCUUCAGUUAUCCAAACAGUGGCGAGUACAUUGAAAGCUUGCCCGAGUUGUUGGAAGCUGUUCAGCCACCUCCCUACAGCCGCAUUAAUGAUCUUCUGUUCGAUCACCUCUCGCCUGAUCUUAUCAAACCUAUCAAGCAAGUAAGUGUCCAGUGUGUAUGUGUUUGUGUGCUUUAA